AUGCAGCUGAUCUCUGCGGCUAUCUUGGGUCUUGUGCCGUUGACCCUGGCUAAUUCGAUUCUGGUCACUUUCCCUGCAGAGACCCCAGACUCGGUGCUCGAGCAGGCCAAGGACUCCGUUCUAAAUGCUGGUGGCCGGAUCACUCAUGAGUUUACCUUGAUCAGAGGGUUCUCGGCCGACUGUCCGGAAGAAGCUAUUCAGCAGAUCUCGACUCAAUCCGCGGCUUAUAAACCCACCAUCGAGCAGGACCAAGUUGUCUCAAUCCAGUGAGUUGCUGUAGCGCUGUCAAAGCUGCAAGAAGGUUAAGCUUGCUCAUGGUCAUUUGACUUGUCUCCUGCUGGUCUCGGGAGAUUGACUUGGCCAAUGUUCGCCAUCCAUGAGGAAUUCCUUUGGAUGCGUUACUGUUUAUUUAGAUAAUGCUACUUUUUGUUUAUUUUUGUAUGGCGGUGGGAUAUGAUGGCAAUGCAGUUUUCUCAAAGUGUUUGCGCCUUGUU